AUGGAACGGAUCAGACUGCGUGAAGCCGCUCUCUCUCCAAUCCGCCGUGUACCUGUCGGGUUGUGGAGGAAAAUCUUCUCAUUAUUUUGUUUCUCAGGAGAGUACCCCAUCUCUCUUUACAGCAGUGAGAGGGACAUUCCGGGAACCGACGCCGAGCCUGACAACGCUCAGGGCUACUACAAUUACAAGAAAGAGAGUUAUAUAGGGGUCAAUGCUCGCCCUUACACUCUGCUUAGCGUGUGCGCUCACUGGCGUUCUAUCGUCACCGGAAUCCCAAAUCUCUGGUCGUCGAUCCGAAUAGCUGGACAUUUCACCCUAGACCUUUCCCCCGCACUCGAUUACCUUCUGUCAAAGUCUGGCAACUUCCCUUUGAUUAUCCAGAUAUCAUUGACGUACGUCAAUAUACACCCCAACAACCGAGAUAAUGCUCUUCAAAGCAUAAAAUUUCUGACAGACCACGCUCUCCCCCGAUGCAAGCGCUUUAUUGUCAACCAUUCUUGCUGCAGAUUCAUGACACAGGAAAGGAUCCAUCUAUCGUUACCAGCAUUGGAAUCAUUGGAGACAGGAAUCCCUCAUUUGUCCCUAGUUGAAGCACCCAUCCUUAGUCAUUUGAAGAUUUCACAUAUCCACGAGUCACCGAAUAUUAUCAGGUUUCCUUUGACUCGCCUGGUGUCUUUGGAAAUCACAAACAACAUCGUUCUACAAUCCCUGGUUCUCCGAAUUCUUCCUCUUUGUUCAGCUCUCCAAUCCCUGAGCGCACCGUUUCGGUUCGCUGGCAACCUACACAUGAAAGGCGGUGUUUUCCCAGACAGUCCAAAAGAGAUCUCAUCCCUCCAAAACCUACAGAUCCAAAUUACGGACUUCCGACAAGACCUUACCUUUCUUUUCAAAUACUUCGAGCUCCCCAACCUUUCCUCCCUUGAAAUUGAAGUGUCAGACUCAUCCUCGUCUGUUUUUAUUCCCCCCGUUACACUAGCAAGAGGUUCCGAUUUUCCUACAGCUUUUUAUCGGUCGGUGUCGGGGUUACGGAAGCUGACAUUGCGUUUUCAAGACAUCCGAUACCACGAAUCUUCCCUCGACCACAUCGCGGACCUUCCCGGAGUGCUAACGGCAAUGCCUUCGUUGACUUCGUUGGAAGCUCGACAACAAGGAUUGUCUAACCCACAACUGAACAGAUUAGAUGCCCUCCUCAUUCCGUUGAUCGUUUCCCCAGAUAGCACGAUGGGCGCAAUCGUUCCCAAACUAUCCACCCUAUCCAUUUCUUACAACGCCCUUCUGUGUUUUAACUGUAAACCGAGCUCUGAGGCGGCAUUCAAGUAUGUUCUUCUUUCUAUGGCUGAAAGUCGAGCACGGUAUACCAAACUUGCCGAGCUACACUUGGAUUAUCCGGGGUUCGAUACCAUAUGCGAAUGCAAUUGCCAUGACUCGGGAAUAUCGAGUGUCUUCGAGGAGUUGGAGGAAGGAAUGAAGGCGUUGGGAAAGUAUGGGUUAGCGUUUGCAGGUAGAAAGCUUCCGAUAUCGGCCUUGUCCUCGUGUUGA